UGCACCAAGUCACGAACGGAGUUCAGACGAACUGAGAAAAUGUAAACAUGCUGCCAUGCACGAUCGGUAGCGAAAAACCGCCUUAAUGUCGAACCACUUCGUACCGGUUAAUGUUAAAGGCAAUCCUGGAUUCCAAUAAUAACUUCUUCUUCCCGUGUUUGGGAGAAAAGUUACUUAUGAAGAUCAUGAAAGAACAACAGGAGAAUACGGAUUCGCCGCUUCUUUCGCCUUCGGAUUUGACGUCGAAGCGGCGAGUUCACUUUGCGGAUUUCGAUGGUCAGGAUCUGGUCUCCGUUAAAAUUAUUACACCGACAAAUAGCGAAGAAGACUUGUCCCUGAAAAAGGUAGUGGACAUCUUGAAUCACUCUGCCACGCCGGUUCAUUUAAAACGGUUCAGUUGUUGUUUUACACAACCUGGGCAAGAUGAGAACUUUUUAUCUCGUGUGAUAGAGCGAAAUGUUUGCUUGGAGAACGUUGUUUUUUGCGGGUUUGCCAUGACCGGGACUGUGAGAGUAAAAAACAUCGCCUUUGCGAAAGAAGUCACCGCAAGAUACACAGUAGAUGGAUGGAAAAACUUUCGCGAUGUUUGGGCCGAUUAUGUACUAAAAUCAUCUGAUGGAGAAACUGACAGAUUUCAGUUCAGAAUUUCAAUUCCUCAAGAUGUUGAUGUUGGGGCGAAACUCGAGUUUGCAAUUCGAUACCGUACAGCUGGUGAAGAGUAUUGGGACAAUAAUUUUAAUCGUAAUUAUAGUGCAGAAUGUUUCCUCCACACGAUUGUCGACAAAUGAUGUACACCGUAUCUUCCAAAGGUUUAUCGAGCAUCCCGCAAGUCACUGUGCAUUAUUACGUUUACCUUCGACGUCGUCAAGUUAUCGUGUCUGUGCGUUUGGAACGACGGUUUCGAAUCAGAAAAGGGCAAAAGAAGUGAACAGAAAGUUAUAUAACUGCUGAAAAAUAGUACAUAUUAAAACAACAAACGUGAUAGAGCAAUAGUACGGUGGUACAAGUUUUCCGGUAGGAUUUUAAUAUCAUAUAAACAAGUCACCUCGAAUGUAAGCCAUUCAUAUUUUUGUCGAAUAGAUUUAUGCAACUUGUGGCUAAAAGGAAACGAACUAGAGUAUUUUGUGCUCCUGUGCGGAGAAAACGUAUUUUACAUUGUUAAUAAUGUCAACUUAGGUAAUCGAGUUUCGAUCGUUGCGUUUUUUCUAAUUUAUGCGUGAAAGUGAACAAUAAUCUCUCAUGAAGAUCAUUUCAGUUUAACUAACGACUUUAUUUAUGGAAAACUCGAAAUUUAUAUGUCAUAGAUUAUUUUUCCAAAUUCUUAGUACCAAACCUGUGGUUUAAAUCGAGAAUAAAACAAAUAUUACGAAAGCAUAAUCGAA